AUGCCGCGAGAAGUAUUUCUUGAACCGAGUGGCUCACCAUUCGUUCAAAAUACGCAUUACCACGAUGGUGACGUUUCGAUGACUGGAGAUUCGACUCUGACGGAUCUAUCGUUUCAAGACAAUAAUGACAACUUGCUGAAUGGAUCUGGCUUCGCGGGACUUGGUGAUGUUACUACCGGAGGAAUAGGAGAAGAUACGAGUAUGAUGAAUAUACAGGGAGAUAUAAAUGAGUCAGAAGAUAUGCUUAUGGGUGUCAAGGGCGAUGAGUUCUUAGAAGACGACAGUAUGGCCUUUGAGCUUUCCAAAUCGACGACUAACACUCAUACUCGAUCCGAACUCGAGCAAUCUAUGGCUGCGGUGCCUAUUCCUCCUCCUGCCCCUGCCCCUGCCCCUGCACCCGUAGAGGAGGAGAAACCUAAAGCCAGGAGAUCAACCCGCUCACGGUCGAGUUCUCCUUCAAAAAAGAAGUCAUCUGCCGCCACUGUUCCCGUUGCGGAGGAGACUACUACAUUCCCAGUCGCGCCAAUGGAAGCCACCACAGAAGAGCCUGAGCCUGAACCCGAACCCGAGCCUAAACUCCGUCGUAGCCCCCGAAAGGCCAAGAGCACGAGCACUCGUUUAGGGUCAUCUGUCUCGACUGGUAUCUCUCCAUUCGCGUCAGCAUCGUCUUCACCAGUACCCGAGAAUCCUCCGCCUACUGAAACCACACAACCAACGAUCCAAGUCAAAUCAAGGGCAAAAAAUGCCAGAGUCGAGGAGCCGCUGAAUGAGGAGCCAAACGUAGAAGAGUCGAUGCCCGUGGCAGAACCCGCCGCUACAACCCCGCCUGUCGAGCGUGAGGUCAAGCCUAUUGUUCGCAAAGCCACGCCUGUUACCCAGGAAAGCAUACCAAUCGCUGUUCGCGAGACAACACCCGUGCUCUUACAGCACCGGGCGACUCCUCCAGCUCCCUCCCCACCGGCUCAGAAUAGUUCUCCAGCUCCCUCCCAGGCAUUCCCCUCAAUUGCCCGAACGUCUCCAGCCCCCACUCAUCCAACUCCUCCAGCGGUUUCUCCAGAUGUGCCCCCAACAGGAAGCUGGCUUGCCCCUGCAAACCGACAAAGCUUGGCCCCUACUCCUACAAGCCGACAAAGUCUGGCUCCUACUCCCUCAACCAACUCUGUCCCAACAGGCCGACAGAGCCUUGCCCCUACUCCCGGUCCGGCGCCAUUCAAAUUUAAUCUCCCACCCUCUUUUGGGAGACGGGCACAGAGUUUAGCUCCUACACCACCCUUUCCUACUACUCCUGGGCUCCCCAGCACACCUUCUUUUGCUACUAUUUCUACUCCUACGAUAUCCAACCCAGUUUCAGCGUUGCCUAGUCCUGCCCUCGGAUUGGCUACUCCCGGUCCAGCAGCUGCUCCUAGGCCGGCAACUCCUGAAGACAAAGAAGAAGACUUAAAAUACGAACAACUCUCAAAAGAAGAGGAGGAAGAGGCGGUUGCCGUUGCGAUGCGUAUCACUCGACGCGAUUCAUCCAUCUUUGCGACUCUAUUAUCACCUGCUCGUCCCAGCUUGGUUCCCGAACCCACACUAUUCGCUGAGCACCCAGCACAAGAACAGCAGGAAACACAUGCUUUUACACCCUCCGACACAAUCGAAGAGGUACCACCAACCGAGCCCGCACCGGUCCCAAUGCGCACGCGUGUCGGCAGGUCUUCGACGCGUGUCAAGGGCGGAGCUGGGGUCGCAGUCGCUGUUAUGCGACGCGUUGAUGAGGAUAUGGACAUGGAGCGCGUUGAACUUCGGGUAGGGCCUCAAGGACAGGAGCAGGAACACGCUCUAAGAGAGCAGCAUCAAGAUGAACCAGGGUGGGAGCAAAUGCAGGAAGUCCUGGAAGAGGAUAAGCACGUUCUAGGGGAACAGCAAGAUCCCACUGCGUCUGUGAAUUUUGGUUCUCGUUCACCUUCCCCUACUCCACCGCCUCCACCCCCCGGGGAACCAGCCCCGAGUGUAAUUGCCCCUCCAAAGAAUCAGCCCAAACCUCGAACGCGGACAACACGCUCAUCGAUGCCCACUGUUCAACCGGCGCGUGUGACCAGGAGUACGCGUAGAUCUGAGGUCCAGCCACCUACGACAAGGGGUCUAGGAAAUACAAUUAAAGCAAAAGAGACGCUGAUCGAGAAACUUGUUGACGAGAUGGAGAUCGAGGAAGACACUCAAAACGAGGAUACGAAAGCUGCCACAGACGUUUCAACUCCGACAAAGGCUGUAGAUCUUCCCACUGGUACGAUUGUCGAAUCCACAGCCCCUCUGAAUCCUAUCUCAACUACUCCUCACGAUGUCAUUUCGACCACCCCCAUCGAUUCCCCUGCGGUCUCGGCCCCUGAAGGACAGGCCCCCGCAUCUAAGCCUGCCGUAUCCAAGAAAGCACCAGUCACCAAGGGCACUCAGAGAGUUUUAACCAGGACGGUAUCUGCCGCUGCAGUUUCUCAACAAAAUGCAUCCGGUUCUGGAUCUUCUCAGCCUCAACCCCGACGGACGGUGUCUAGUGGUUCGACAAAGCCGUCAUCCACGGGUUCAGUAAAACCGCCUUCUGCCGAGGGUUCUCAACAACAAACUGGUCGAUCAGCACAGAAACCAAUCUCAACCAAGUCCACUGCUUCUCAAAAGCCCGGUUCACCUGGAAAUCAGCCUCCCCCGGUAAUUCACAAGGAAGACGUGGUUGACAAGGAACCGUCGCCUGUACCAGAGCCGGUCCCAACUACGAAAGAACCCGAACCCGAACCUGAGCCCCAAGUGCGCGCCGUUCGGGCAUUGCCAAAACGUACAUCCCAACCCUCCAAGGUACCCACUAUCAUGGAAGACAGUAUGGAGAUUUCGAGGGACGACAUUAGCGUGGAUAUCGAUGCGGAGCAACCUACCGCAACACAAUCUACUGCACCUGCGUUUACCGCUGCAUCGAUUUGGCCGCGCGACCCAGCUCCGAAUCCGUUCGCAUCUGUCAAGGUAAAUGUCGCGUCCCAUGAGGAUAGCUCCAAAGCAAACAAACGACGAGCUCCUUCUCCCGACCCCGAGCCGGAGUCAACUCCUCAAGACGCCAGCAUCAGCGACUCUCCAAACAAGCGUGUCCGUUUCACUGCUAUUCUCGAGGCUGGGCCUACUCCAGGCAUUGGUCGUGUCCUGCAUAUGCCCAAGCCGAGCCUCAAAAAAAUUAAGAAAAUCAAGCUCGAACGCAAGACAGGCGCUACUACGAAUGCUGCCCGUCCAAAACGCGUGCUGACGCGCAAUUGGGUAGUCGGUAGUGAUAUGCCUUCAUACGCAGCACCAUUGAAGCGGGACGUACGCGAAAGAGAGCCUGCCACAGCUGAGCGUCCGCCGUUAACCGAGUCACAGACCAAUGCCCGUCUAGCAGCCAGUAGAUCGAAUCCUACGGUUCCAAUUCCGUUUACUUUCCGCUCGGAACUGAGGAUGAAACCUCGUCCUGUUGAGGAUCAUGCUGUUCCAGCCGCUAUCCCAACUGCAGUCCCUAUGCCUGAUUUCGCAUCGGCUCAUGCAGCAGCUGAAGCCGCCAACUUGGCACGCCGGCAGCGCGCACACGAAGCGUUCCUCGCCGCCCAAGAAGAACUUGAAUCCCAGCGUAGCUCUAAAUUUGCUAUUGGAGGGGAGACGGCACGUCGGGCUGCCGAGCGAGCUGUAUUUGACGCAGCAAUGAGAGUUAAGGAAGCCGAAGCCGAGCGAGUUCGUAACGAGCAGAAGAGGAUGCAGAUUGAGAAAGAAGCAGCAGAGAUUAGGGAGAUGAGGAGGAGGAUGGUACCCAAAGCGAAUCCUAUUCCACAGUUUUAUAAGCAUGCCCCGAGGACUGAGGCACAAGACUUAGAGGUGUAG